UGUGGAGCGCGUGAGUGGAGAGCUGCGUGCGCCUCUCUGGAGCGCGUCUGACAGAGCGCGCGCAACUACUCUGGAAUUCUAUUUCGCGCGUGAGUUUGUUCGCAACGAAACCGUUCGGAAAAGUCUUUGCGCGCACGAUGAACAGCUUUUACCUUGCAAGCAUGAGACGAUCGCGUCAGCGGAGCGCACUGACAGCUCAAGUUUUUCUUGUGUCACUGUAUCAGUGCAUCGGUGACACCACCUAACUGGAAACACUAACCUGACUGUCAGAAAGAUGGACUCAGCAUGGAUGUAACUCAGUCCAAUGCAACGGAGGAGGAUGCCAGCGUCAACAUCACCUCAAGCCCCUGGCCUUACACGGAGACGGCCGCCGCGUUAAUCAUCCUCGUGGUCUCCAUCAUUAUCCUGGUCACCAUUGUUGGGAACGUUCUGGUCAUCGUGGCGGUUUUGACCAGCCGCGCGCUCCGCGCGCCACAGAACCUCUUCCUCGUGUCGCUCGCGUGCGCGGACAUCCUCGUGGCCACGCUAGUGAUCCCGUUUUCACUCGCCAAUGAGAUCAUGGGAUACUGGUUCUUCGGCAGCACCUGGUGCGCGUUUUACCUGGCUCUGGACGUUCUGUUCUGCACGUCGUCCAUCGUGCACCUGUGCGCCAUCAGCUUGGAUAGGUACUGGUCCGUCACCAAGGCGGUGAGCUACAACUUGAAGAGAACGCCGAAGCGCAUCAAGUCCAUGAUCGCGGUGGUGUGGGUCAUUUCUGCCGUCAUCUCAUUCCCACCCCUCAUCAUGACCAAACACAACGAGAAUGUGUGUUUAAUAAACGACGAGACCUGGUACAUCCUCUCCUCGUGCGUGGUGUCGUUUUUCGCGCCGGGGUUCAUCAUGAUCACGGUCUACUGUAAAAUCUACCGCGUCGCCAAACAGCGCUCGUCCACCGUAUUCGUGGCUAAGAACGGACUGGAGAGGCAGCCUUCCCAGUCCGAGACGUGUUUUGUGAGGAAAACUAAGUUUGAGAAGGAGUCUCCGAGCAGCAACAGCUCAGAGAGCAACCAGGGACAGGAGGAGCUGGAUGACAUCGACCUGGAGGAGAGCGCGACGUCGGACAGCAAACCCAAGAGCUCGCGCUUCUCCAAGCGCAGGCGGGUGGACGGUGCGCGCUGCUGCCCGCAGCAGAGGACCUGCCGGAUCUCCUGGGUUUCCAAUCAGGAGCAGAGCAGCAAGCAGCUCGCGGUCGUGUCCAAAACCAAAGUGGCUCAGAUGCGAGAGAAACGCUUCACCUUCGUGCUGGCGGUGGUCAUGGGGGUGUUUGUCCUCUGCUGGUUCCCUUUUUUCUUCACUUACAGUCUCCAGGCCAUCUGCAGGGAGAGCUGCAUGCCGCCCGAGGCACUUUUCAAGCUCUUCUUCUGGAUUGGAUACUGCAACAGCUCAGUGAAUCCCAUCAUUUACACGAUUUUCAACAGGGACUUCAGAAAGUCUUUUAAGAAAAUCGUUUGCUCGACGACGCGGCGCGCCUGAGAGACUCGCAGUUGGACACUUAAGGCAAGAUUUAAAUGUAUGAAUGACAAAAAAAAAAAAAAAAAAAAAAAAAACAAGUGGAAUCUGCAAACUUAUCAUGGCCUUUUGAUUUAUUUGCAAUCAAGUGUUUCUUCAACCAUGGGCACUCACUCACAUUCCAACAGUCUGGAAACCUUUCAUCAUUUAUUUUCACUACUGCCUUUUAAUGCAUGCAAAAUACAAUAUUACAUAACAUUUAAUCAAAUAUUGCAUUCUUAAAACUAUGAUGAGCUAACAAAUAGAGAAAUAUUUAUUAUUUGAAAUAUGAUUAGUCCAUAUCAGUUUUCACACACUAAAUGGUUGGCCAAUUUAUUCCCAAAACAUUUAAAAGUCCCCCUGUAGUCAAUCAUUUUAUCCUUUAAAAGUUUUUACAUAUUUAAAGUUUUUUUCCUGUGAAAUGUUUUCUUCAUUCCUUAAAAUAGCUUGAAUGUUACUCUACACUCUUGCAUCAUUUAGUAUACAUAUGCUAAUUACAAUAUGCUAAUUAGCCCCGCCUCCACUCAAUCGCACAGCUCAGAGAUCCACUCGGUCAACUUACUGAGGUAAACGCUGCACAAUGGUAUCGCUUUUUACAACGUCAGACACAUAACGGUAAUUAAUAUGAUUCUCAUAUCUGUUAAUAAUGUGUUGCUAAUGUUACACAAACCAUGUUCCCGUAUCAACACUUUGAACAACUCUGAACGUCAGUGAAGAAAGGCAUAAAGUUCAUCAUAGCAUCGUAAUAUUCAUCAUAAACCCGCUAUAUUGAUAAAUCUACCCGAUUUUUCAUAUUAAAAUAAAAAUAUACCAGGAUAACCUUCUCUUGAGACUCUCCUCUCUUCAGAGCGCUCAUAGUUAAUGAUAUGCUAAAGCCCGCCCACACGUUGACGUGAUUGGUCACAAGGUAGUUUGUGAUGUCACAAACACCAGCGAUUUCAAACUGCAUUUCUGUCUUUAGAUCACUGCAGUUUUAAG